ACUACGUGUGCUAAUCUGGUCGGUGAGAUUAAAGGUUCCUUCCAGGGAACACUGAUGUGGUUCGGCGUUCCAGUGUUCAAGUGGGCCUGAUAAUACUGUAAAUCACAAAAAUGAUUUGGUUUGAGGGAGCGAUUCCCGCUGCCAUCGUCUCAGCCAAACAGCAAAACGCCAUCUUCGUCGUCGUUAUUACAGGGGACGAUGCACAGUCUGCGCAGAUGCUGUCUUGUUGGGAAGAUGAUAGUGUCGCCGAGGCCACCAAUAACAGCUGUGUCGCGAUAAAAAUAGACGCCAACAGUGAAACCUGUGUGCAGUUUUCUCAGAUCUACCCUGUGGUGUGUAUCCCAACAAGUUUCUUUAUUGGAGAAAAUGGGAUUCCCCUUGAGGUGAUAGCAGGCAGUAUGUCUGCUGAGGAGCUUGUAAAGCGGAUCGCUAAGGUCAAACAGAUGCACCGGCAACAGAUGGGGAUUCCAGAUGGGGGUCCAGACGGCGAUAUGACAGGGGCACAGACAGACACGUCGUCCGCACCCUCAGGCACCCCAGAACCAGCCACGCAGCAGCCCUGCCCCCCUCAGAAUGGCCCACCAGGCUUCACGCUACCGCCCAGCCUGGCCAAUCAGAGCGCUUCAGCUUCGACCACGCCCAGCGAAUCCCUGCCUGGGCCAGUGGAGGAGGGCAGAGAGGAAGGUCAUGUGACUCCCGCUGAGGAUAGGAGUACGUCAUCAGACGAAGCGUCCCUGAACUCUGGAACGGAUGAGGACCUCAGUGUGAAGGUGGAGAGGUUGACCAAGAAACUUGAAGAUCGACGGGAGCAAAAGAAAAAAGAAGAGGGCGAGAAGGAGCUGCAGAAGGAGCAGGAGCGCAGGAAAUUGGGCAAGGAGAUGCUGGACUUCAAGCGCAAGCAGGAGGAGGACAAGACCAAGCGGCUGCUGGAGGAGAGGAACCGGGAGAAGGCGGAGGAGAAGGCGGCCAGGGACCGCGUCAGGCAGCAGAUCGCCUUGGACCGCGCCGACCGCGCAGCGCGCUACGCCAGGAACCAGGAGGAGGUAGAGGCGGCCCGAUUGGCUGCGCUGGAGGCCCGGCAGGCGGAGCAAGAAGCCAGAAAGGAGGCUUUGCAGCAGGAGAGAAGCUCAACGACAAGAAUACAGUUCCGUCUCCCCGAUGGCUCAUCCUUCACUAACCAGUUCCCCUCCGAAGCCAAGCUUCAGGAGGCUCAGGAGUUUGCAGCGCAGGAAGUGGGGAACCGGUAUGGCCACUUCCUGCUGGCGACUAUGUUCCCUAGGAGGGAGUUCACCGGGGAGGACCUGGGCAGAACCCUGCUGGAGCUGGAGCUCGUUCCCAGCGCUUCCGUAGUCCUGCUGCCUCAAACAGGGCGUCCGACAAACACGGUGGUGCAGUCCUCUGGAGGGGGAGGCUUCUGGGCGCUCCUGGGGACGAUCUUCUGCCCCCUACUGACUGUGUGGAGAUUUAUCAGCAGUUUCAUCUUCGGCAGUCCCCCGCCUCCUGGCACGUCUCCCAGGGCUCCGCCCCAGGGCCCUGGUCCCGCCUCUGCCUCAUCCAGCGAACCAAAGAGAGAAUCGAUUCGCAGGCGAGCUGUGGAAAAACGAGCGGAGGACUUUCAGAGAGACGGUAGGAUCCACAGGCUAAGGACGCAGGAAGACAGCGAGGACGACAACAACACCUGGAACGGCAACUCCACCCAGCAGAUGUAGCUCGCCGACGCGCAAUAAUGUUGGUUUUUCUUCGUCACACUCGGUUUGAGCAAUAUUGAGCAUCAUGUCCAUUUAUUUUCUCGUUUCCUUCCCCGCCCCGCAUGGGAAAGUUUUUUUCCUCUGGCUUGAGCAGCAUUUCUGUCUUGUCACCUUUUGACGUUAACAGAUUCUUCCUCCUUUGUAGAACACUACGGUUGCGUCGGAAUCAUAGGACAGUGCGCGCUAUAUGCAAAGACAAAAGCAACGCGUCCUUUUUUUUUCCUGUCCUAAGGAUUGGGCCUGCGUGACUCUUAGCGAAAAGAACGCCGUCGGACGAAAGCCCGAUCAGUUGCGGCGUUUGGUUUGUAUCGAGAGUUUUGUCCACAAACGCGUGUGGGCUGCAGUGGCAGCCGAAUGUACUGACUUCUGUUUAUUGAUGGGAGUGCUUUGCUGCUCUCGUUUGAUAUUAGGAAUAAAAAAGAGUUUUGCAACUUUU